CAGCCAUAGAGGCUGCUGCCUUGGUAUCAAGGCUUGUGAUUUGCUUCGUGUUCACCAUUCAGUCAAUUCGUCCAAGUUCCAAUCUCAAUUACAGAGCCAAUCCACGCCGGAGACUGAUACUAUUCUCUUUCUAAGACAAAUGGUACCGCUUGCCUUGUCCGCUUCCGCUGCACUCUCACCCUUCGGACGAGGGUCAAAGUGUUGGGCUAAAUUAUUUCCUAGUUCUUCUAGAAGAUAUGCGGCCAAUCUAAUGUUAUUUACAAGAUUUCCGAGGAAAGGGUUCUCCUUUGUUGCAUCAGGCACAACUGGGAGAACUGGAGGCAUUGGCAUUAUACAGACAUCUGAAGGAGAAACAGCAAUGCCAUCAUACAAGUGGCCAGAUAAGAAGAAACCACGGGUAUGCAAAUUAGGAGGAGGAUUUGGAGGUUUAUAUACAGCUUUAAGGCUAGAAUCUCUGAUGUGGCCCAAUGAUAAGAAACCUCAGGUGCUUCUUGUUGAUCAGUCUGAUCAUUUUGUUUUUAAGCCAAUGCUCUAUGAGCUUCUAUCUGGAGAAGUAGAAGCAUGGGAAAUUGCGCCCCAUUUCUCUGACUUAUUGGAAAACACUAGCGUGCAGUUCUUCAAAGACAAAGUGAAACUGUUACACCCUUCUGAUUACUUGGGGACAAAUGGUCCUACAUGGUUUGGUUGUGGUGGAACAGUGCAUCUUGAAAGUGGCACUAUAAUCGAAUAUGACUGGUUGGUUCUUGCUUUGGGAGCUGAAGCUAAACUGGAUGUUGUUCCCGGUGCCGCAGAGUUUGCCUUGCCUUUCUCCACCUUGGAGGAUGCAUGUAAGGUUGACAACCUGUUAAGAAAAUUAGAGAGAGAGAAAUUUGGCAAAGAUUCAUCUCCAAUUCGUGUGGCUAUUGUUGGUUGUGGUUACAGUGGAGUUGAGUUGGCUGCUACACUAUCAGAGCGGCUGCAGGAUAAUGGAAUAGUUCAAGCUAUUAAUGUUAAUACAACAAUCUGCCCAACAGCCCCACCUGGAAAUAGAGAAGCUGCACUUAAAGUUCUAUCGUCCAGGAAUGUUCAGCUUUUCUUGGGCUAUUUUGUCCGCUGCAUAAGAAAAGCUGGUGAAUUUGAAGAUUCAUCGAAGCAGGCAGAAGUUGGAGGGGAUAAGGGCAUUGGAACAGAAGAUCAUAAUAAAGAUAGUGAUAAAUUUGUUCUAGAACUUCAACCAGCGGAAAGAGGUUUACAAAGUCAGGUUCUCGAAGCCGACAUAGUUUUAUGGACAGUUGGAAAUAAACCUGUGGUUCCUCCACUAGAACCAUGUGAUCAGCCCCAUUUAUUUCCUAUUAGUGGCAGGGGCCAAGCAGAAACAGAUGAAACUCUCCGGGUCAAAGGGCACCCACGUAUAUUUGCGGUUGGUGACUCUGCUGCUUUAAGGGAUGCUUCUGGAAGGCUUCUUCCAGCCACUGCACAGGUUGCUUUUCAGCAAGCAGACUAUGCUGGUUGGAAUAUUUGGGCAGCAAUCAAUGACCGGCCUCUGUUACCAUUCAGGUUUCAGAAUCUGGGUGAGAUGAUGGUUCUUGGUAGGAAUGAUGCAGCACUUUCUCCGAGUUUCAUUGAUGGGUUAACCUUGGAGGGUCCUAUUGGUCAUACAGCAAGGAAGAUAGCAUAUUUGAUCAGAUUACCAACUGAUGAACAUCGACUUAAAGUUGGAAUAAGUUGGCUAAUGAAGUCUGCCAUAGAGACUCUGCUGCAUCAUUGCAGAGCUCCCUAACCAAAGUUCUUUCAGGAUCUUAGAAUCAUUCAUGUUUUCUUCAAGGGGAAUUGAUGGAUAUAUCUGUGUACCCUUUUUUUCCUACUAAUUAUUAAAGUUGUUGUAUUGCUUAUACUUGAGGAUAUA